AUGCUAAACGCUAUCUCAAAACUGACUACCGUGUGCACUGUCAACAGUCUCACUCUACUCGCGCUGACCACUGUAGAAAGUUUGCGCUUAGUGAUCCUGUUAAUCCCGAGCUCCAGCAUCCUUGUCCGCAUCAGCAUCAAUCGACUUGCGAGCAAUGCCAAGGGCUGAAGAAUGUUCUAAAGGAAGUGAGACUAGCGAUUGAAGAGUCAUCAUGGAAGCCUUAUAGUUCCGAAAAACGAGAUUUCCUUUACGACUUUGACCGUGCACAGUCAGACAUCAUGCUGUGGAAAGUGCACAUUGUGUGCUCAAUAAAUCAAGAGGAGGCGAAACAAGAUGCACUGAGAUCAGAAGACCCACAGGCAGCCAUUCUGAUCAUGGACUGGGCCAUGAAGUUCCUCCAAAUAAAAUUUCGUGAGAAACAGUCUGAAUGGUUCGGCAAACGGGGGCUCAGCUGGCAUAUUUCCACCAUUAUACCUAAGAAUGUUGACUCUGGAAAAAUUGAGCUGAAAUCGUAUGCUCAUAUCUUCGACUCUUGCCAGCAAGACUGGUACGCAGUAUGCUCGAUCAUCGAAGACACACUUGAGGUUGUAAAGAAAGAACAUCCCCAGAUUACCCAAGUGAACCUAAGGAGUGACGAAGCAGGCUGUUACCACAAUAACUUUCUCUUAGCCGCCGUUAGAGAUGCCGGAAGACGAGUAGGCAUUGAACUAGCACGGUAUGACUUUUCCGAGCCGCAGUAUGGAAAUGAUAUCUGUGAUAGAAUCCUUUGCCCAAUGAAAGCAUCCAUCCGACGAUAG